GGGCUAGGCCUUUGCUGUUUGCAAAAUUUGUCAACUACAGCUGACCGUGGCGUCAUAUCCGUUGUAGAUCUGCACGUGUAAACACGACCAUGUCGAAAGCAAAACAAAAGAGGGCGAAACGACUUGGCUUCACUGGUAAAAAGGGCAAAGAUGGCAAGCAGCAGGGUAGCCAGGCUAACAAAAAGGAUCCUGGCGUGCCAGACGUGCGACACUUCAAAGAGAAUGCACAACGACAAGCAGAACUUAGGCAAAAACGGCUAGAGGAACUCCAAGAGCGGCAGAGAUUGUCAAGGGAAAAGGAACUGAUGAAGAGGAGGAGUUUGGACACUUUCCAGAGGGACAUUCAGCAACGACAACAGGCUUAUGAUCAGAAGGAAGUGGAAAUGCAUAACUUGGAAAGACAUGUGAAUUUUGAGAAUGAAAAUUCAAGGAAAGCCUAUUACAGAGAAUUCAAAAAGGUUAUUGAAGCAGCGGAUGUAAUACUGGAGGUCCUGGAUGCACGUGAUCCUAUAGGCUGUCGAUGUCCACAAGUAGAACAGGCCGUUGUGCAGAGUGGCAUCAACAAAAAAAUCGUUCUUGUUCUCAACAAAAUUGAUCUUGUGUCUAAGGAUAUCGUUGAGAAAUGGAUCAAGUAUCUUCGUCAUGAAUUUCCGACAGUCGCCUUCAAAGCUUCCACUCAACAGCAGAACAAAAACCUGAAACGCAGCAAUGUGCCCAUCAGCAAGGCCACUGCUGAGUUGCUUGGGACUAGUGCGUGCGUGGGCGCAGAAUGCCUUAUGAAGCUGUUGGGAAACUACUGUCGCAACCAGGACAUAAAGACCGCCAUCACUGUAGGAGUAGUUGGUUUUCCAAACGUUGGCAAGAGCAGCUUGAUUAACAGUCUGAAGAGAGCUCGUGCAUGCAGUGUUGGAGCCACACCAGGUGUCACCAAAUGCCUCCAGGAAGUGCACUUGGACAAGCACAUCAAGCUCCUCGACUGCCCUGGAAUAGUUAUGGCAACUUCCACUAGUGAUGCGGCCAUGAUCCUCAGGAACUGUGUGAAGAUAGAACAGCUUGUGGACCCUGUACCCGCCAUAGAAGCCAUCUUGAGGCGCUGUAACAAGACACAGAUCAUGGAACAUUAUGGGGUUGAAGACUUCCACAACGCUCAUGAGUUUUUGGCCUUGCUAGCGCGGCGGCAGGGGAAGCUGAGGAAAGGGGGGCUUCCAGACAGUGACAAGGCUGCCAAGAGUGUCCUCAUGGACUGGACAGGGGGGCGCAUUAGCUACUUCACCCAUCCUCCAGAGACCCACACGUUGUCCACCCAUGUCAGUGCUGAAAUUGUGGCGGAGAUGGGCAAGGCCUUUGACUGGGAUGAGCUGGAGAAGGGGAAUGAAGAGGCACUUGCAGCAAUGGAUUCCAGCACUCCCAAUAUGGGCUUCUGCAUGGCGCCGUCUGGCAUGACCCAGGGUGCUCUACCAGACAUGCAAGUUGAGGAUGACAUCAAGACUGUGGAGGAUGAAGAGUCUCUAAAUGAAGCUGAAUUGAUGGAUGACGAUCAAGAUCCAGAGUUUGGACCGAUGACAGUUGAGUUCCGAGCAGCUCAGGCUAAAACUGGCGGUGGUGUGGAAGGGGCAGCCCCUAAACCUGUAGACCUGAGAGACAUCGUCAGCGUUGACCCGCUCCAUCAGGGACAGGCUCUACUCGCAGCCGGCAAGAAGAGGAAGAAGCAGCAGAAGAGAGCAGACAAAAUUGCAGUGAAGCUGUCCGACACACUAACCUCUGCGAUGAACAGCUUUUGGGACAGCUGAUAAAAUGGCCCUGAAGUAUCAUCUUGAUCAUCAUGUCUGUCGUCGUGUGUAAAAUAUUAAAUUAUGUACGUGAUGUACAGUAAGAGAAAUAAAGUACCUAUUAAUUUCUCAACAAAA